AGCUGCAAAGACGCGAAAACCCAACUUCAGCACACUCCUUUAUCUCCAAUUACGCGUUUCUUUCCAGCACAACAACUUACACCAUGGCCCCUGCAAAGAGCUCCAAGGACAAAUUCUCGGUCAUUCUGCCGACGUACAAUGAGAGGAAGAACCUCCCCAUUGUGGCCUGGCUGCUGAACCGCACCUUUACAGAGAACCAGCUGGAUUGGGAACUCAUCAUCGUCGACGACGGCUCGCCCGACGGAACACAAGAGGUGGCCAACCAGCUCGUCAAGGCCUACGCUCCCCACGUCGUCCUCAAGACUCGCACUGGCAAGCUGGGCCUCGGAACGGCCUAUGUCCACGGCCUGCAGUUUGUCACAGGCAACUUUGUCAUCAUCAUGGACGCCGACUUUAGCCACCACCCCAAGUUCAUCCCGCAGAUGAUCGCCCUGCAGAAGAAGGGCGGCUACGACAUCGUCACCGGCACGCGCUACGCUGGCAACGGCGGCGUCUUUGGCUGGGACCUGAAGCGCAAGUUUGUCAGCCGCGGCGCCAACCUGUUUGCCGAUACCGUUCUGCGACCGGGCGUCAGCGACCUCACGGGAAGCUUCCGCUUGUAUAAGAAGAGCGUGCUGGAGAAGGUCAUUGCGAGCACCGAGAGCAAGGGAUACACGUUCCAGAUGGAGAUGAUGGUUCGCGCCAAAGCCAUGGGAUGCACCGUCGCUGAGGUGCCCAUUUCUUUCGUGGACCGAGUGUACGGCGAGAGCAAGCUGGGUGGUGACGAGAUUGUCGAGUACGCCAAGGGAGUGUUUUCUCUGUGGCUCAAGGUUUAAGCAAGCAGGCAGGCACAAGGGAGAGGGGUGCUAGGUAAAAAGGGACGAGAUCAUGGAUGAAUUUAUAAGAAACUGUUCAGAACUGGGGUGGACCGGCGUUGAUAUGGCGGAGAAGAGUACAAAGUUCCGCCUCACAAUUAAUUCAAUAUACCAUUGCCAUUUUUUUUGUC